ACCGUGUGGAAUGUCCAAUGUUGACCUUUCUGAUUAUAUAUUUACACCAUUGCAGCACAAAGCCUGUUUCUGCCACACUGGUAGAGUUGGCCUGACGUUUACUUACAGGGAGCUUUAUGUCAUUUGUUCCGAGUUUUUUGUGGGAGGUGGAACAUAAGUAAAAUGCAGAUUUAACUAACCAUACAAUUGUUUAAUUAACUCGCCAAUCUGUGUUUCCCCCUGUGUAAAUCAGAUUAAGAAGAACAAACUCUGAAGUAUCCUUUAACGGGAUGUUCAGUCGUGCAUUAAAAUUUUUUUUUAAAUGGAGGUGAUGAAAUUCCAGUGAGAAACGUAAUAUUUUUUCCUUGAGAAACUGGGUCAUGUAUCUGUGACAGGUUGCGUAGUUUUGGAGGAAAUACUUACCGAGUGUAGAAAUAUUCUGGGAUUGUUAUAAGUGUAGAAUACUUGGAGAACUUGAGGAAAGAAUAACACAUUUGUACAAUAACACUGGAAGUUAUUCAGCCCAGUGACACACAAACAUUAGAUAGGAACUUUCCUGCUGGAUCAGCUGUGAAUGAAUCCUCCAUCAGGAUUUGUAUAAGGGGGGAGUUUUUUUGACAUUCCUGAGAUAUUACUGGUGUUUGGGAAUCCUUCUGGCGGGGUGUACGUCCGGCCAAUCCAGAAACAGGAAGGUUUACGAUGAACAGGAAAUGGUUCAGUGCAGCGUACAACCAAGUGGCUAUGAGUCCCUGAAUGUAAGCCAAACUCAAAGUAGAAAUGCGAGCAGUUUCUGAUGAAAACCUUAAGAAUUAUAAGUGGAUUAAAAUGUGCACAGCCGUCAAAACAGACGUGGAUGUGACAGUUAGUCAAUUAUUACAGAUCAGCCCAGGUGUGAUUAGUGUACACUGAUAACUCGGAUGCUUGGGAUGAUAGAUCUGUGUUUCUACUCAUUUUGUGAUUUUUUUAUCAUGUGAUCAUCGUUAAGUGUAUUUGUGAGGAUCUGUGUUAGUAUGGAUAAAUUUGGGGUACAUUUAAAACACACCGAGUUACCAAAUUCAAGAGAGAAAGAGAGAGUCAGACAGACUCACACUAGAAGAAACCAACCAGCAAACUUAAAGGACCUGAAAAACAUGUUUGAGGGCAAGUCAGACGGAGGCACCGAUUCCUCCAGUGCUCCCGUGUCCAUGGGAACAGACUUCAAACGAUCAUACACCACACAAAAAACUGUGACCAAAACAAAGACUAGGGCCAAAACUGGCCAAGAUUUGGAGGAUUUGGCGGUGCUCUCUCAAGUCAAAAUCAGCAUUGAUGCAAACAAAAACACAACCCUGGAAAAGACCGAUAGUCCAAAAGGGGCAAGGAAGUUCCCUAAAGAUGACAAGUUGGCUGAACCCCUGGUCGUCAAAUCCAAGGUCAUGGCCUCUUCGUCUAAGACCUUCAAAGCAACUGUAGACAGCAAGGUUCAUCGACUGAAUUCUGAGGAGAAAAAUCCUGUACAAGUGGAUAAAAAGAUGGCCGCAUCUUCUCUUAUAGGGAAUUUAGCUUUACUUCAAACUCGUCCUGGGUAUGGGAAGAAGUCAGAUUCAUCCACAGUUCAAAGUGAAACAUCAAAAUCCAAUGGAGUUUUUAAUGAAAAAUCUAGUUUUCUCAAAGAUAAGAAAACAUCAUCCAAAGAAAGUGUAAAUUCAGAUAAAGAAAUUUCCAAAUUGACAAGUAAAACUUCAGAAACGACAGACUGUGGAGAGAAAAAACUUCAGGAAUUAAGGGCUUCCCUGAAACGUACAGGAAGUGACAAGAAAGGUCAGUUUGAAAAAGAUGAAAAAGGAUCAGCCUACACCAAGAAACCAGAAACCAGUGUGUCUCCUGGUCCGGGACUUAGUCGACACUCAAGCUCAGACUCCGUGGCAUCCGAAAAGUUGAGUCCAAGAACUUCACUUAGGAGUAAAAAUAGAUUAAAACUGGACCAAUCGGCUGGCUCCGAUACUGGGUCAAGUGGAAGUGUGAGCCCCAGGAACAAAUCGUUCAGCCCGGAGUGUAAAGAUGAGAAACCAGAAUGGAUGGAGAAGAGUAAAGAACUGGUGAAUAAGUUCCAAACCAAGUUAAAAAAGCCUGAGAGUGAAUCCACCACCAGUGGCUCUGUGAGCACAAAUAAAUCUUCCACUUCAGCCUCAUCCACAUCAAAAUCCACAUCAUCCACACAUAAAACUGAAACUGUUACUAACACAUCAUCCACAUUUCCUAAAGCUUCAGUCCAGAGAACAGAUUCCGGCAAAAAGAGUACUUCUCUUACCAAGAAGGAGGCUCUAGUUACCAAGGAUGCAAGUAGUAGUAAGGAGUUUUUGGAGAAGUUUGCCAAAGACAAAGACUCAAAAGAACAGAGGGCAGAAAAACUAGUGCUGUCACGUAAAGAGAGUUCAGAACUGUUCCAGAAGUUAAAAGGUGGAUAUGAACAAUCUGAUGAUGCAUCAAAAUCUGCUCAGCCAAAACCAAAAAUUGAAGUGCCAAAUUCUAAUAAGUUCGUGGAAAGGAGAAAUUCAUUUGAAAAGCCAAAACCAGCUGAUACCACCAAAUGUAAAACACUGAGAAACCUGCAAGAUGAGGGUAAAAUUGUGGGGGUGAAAGACAGAAUAAGUGCUCUGAACCAGGGAAAGGGAGAGGUGGUGGACGAGAGAUUCAAGAAGCAGAUCCAAACUCAAAAGUCUGUUGAGUCGGUUAGAAGCUCAGAUCAGGAGUACCAUGAUGUCGCGGUGAAUCCGGCAGCGGCCAAUGAUUGGCCCUCGGACAGUGACAGCAGUGCAGACAAUAUGUACGAAUACAUUCCAGCUACCGAUCCUAGCAAGCAGACGACUGAAGACGUUCAGAUCAGGCUGACCAGGAAACAUGGACAAAAAAGUACCUCUAUCAAUAGGAAGGGCAGUGAUCGGCCAAGUUUUAUCCUGGCCUCCAGUGUAGAUGGGGAUGAUUCCUCCGAGGUGACAACAACAGAGAGCAGUAGUAAGGAGGGAACCUUGGAAAGCACAGAGGAUUACAAAUUGUGGAUCUUUGGCCUCUUUCAUCAGGGCACUGGAAUUGACGCAGAUGUCGACGAGAAUGAUUCUGAUGGUAGUGGUAGUUCCGGAAUUUAUGAACCCAUAGAUCCGGACUGGGAAUCCUACAAACCCAAGGAUCCCAGUGGUCAGGAUCAAGAGCCCCCUGUUCUUCCACCAGGGAGAAAUCAGAACAAGAAAAAAGACGGCAAAACCAUCGGCAAAAAGCUGAAGAAAUUGAAAGGGAAACUUGGCUCAAAACAGAAUGAAUCUGGUCUUCCAAAGGUACCUUCCACAUCAUCCCUCACAUCCAAUGGCUCUUCCUCCGGAUUGUUAAAAAAGGUGGGCAAGAUGAUGAAGAAAACAAAAGCCAACGGGAAUCAGUCCCGUAAUGGCGAGGACCCUGAGGAAGUCGGGAUCUGUAACAGUGAGAAUGACUCCAGUGAUAUUAAUGAGGAUAUUUACGAGGACGAACCAGUGCAGUUACGCCCUCAUGUUGCCUCGUCUGGUGGGGAGGACAAUUCUGGCUCAGAUAUUUAUGAACAACACUAUGAGCCAGACAUAGACAGAUUGCCCCCUAGGCCUCCACCCCCACCCCCCAUGGCCCCACCAGUUCCUCCGGUACCUCCCAGGUUAUCCCUGCCCCCUGUGCCAGACAAAGAAGUGCCUCCACCACGACCCCCAUCCACAGGAAGAAUACCACUUAAGUCUCCUGGGGAUGAUACUCCUGCUUUACCCCCAAGGAACAGGAUUUCUGGGAACAUUAAUCUGGAUAUGGUGGUCCCUAUUAGUCCAGGGGGCCGCUCAGGACCCACCUGGCACCCCUCAGCAGAGAGUUACCUACAUGGACACAAUGUGAAGGGGUCAAAGUUCAAUGACCAUAUGGACGGGGGUGGAUCCAGCAGUUCAUCAGAUGAAUGUGGCAUGGUUAGAGAUACUGGCUAUAUUGAGCCUGACCCCCCAGUCAAGAGCCGUGGGGGGAUGAUAAAACAAGAAUCCAUGCCUCAGGAGCCUGCCCCUCCCAUCCCCCCAGUUCUACGACGAGAGAAGGAGCCCCUGGACAAGCGGCCAUCCUCUGGGUAUGCUGGGUUUAAGGAGGUCCCCCAGAACUCGGUGACCGCCCCAUUUGAUGACCUGAUGACAUACAAACGACAUCUGGACCUCAAGGACGAAUUAGAUGACAUUCCUUACAUUGACAUGAGUGAGGACCAGCUGUAUGGAACCCUGGACAGAAGGUACACCUCCAAGUUUGAGUCGGAGCCUUUAUAUCAGUGUUACCAUAGAGACAUGGUGUCAAGGUCAAGUCAACGACACACGGAAAUGGCGGCGCUCAGUGAAGAUGACGAUGAGGAGGAGCCAGUACAGAUGACAAUGCCCGACCGUGGGGAGAGGAUCUACGAGGCGGUAGAGGACAUUGACGAGGUGCCCAAGAGCAAGAAGUUGUCUACCCUGGAGAUGUUUGGGAAGACAGGCUCAGUGCUGAGAGCUCUGUGGGCCGAUAUGCCAGAGGUGAAAGAAAGUGGAGUACUGGCAAACGUUUCACCACAUGAAAGAAAAAUUCAAGAGGCUAUGUUUGAGAUUAUUACAUCGGAAGCAUCCUACUUAAAGAGUCUAAAUGUCGUGGUGGAUGUGUUUCUGAUGUCUCCAGAGUUUUCUUCUGAACACUCGGACCGCUGCGUGAUCAACAGACAAGAACGCCACGUUCUGUUCUCCAACAUUGGCUGCGUCAGGGAUACCAGCGAAAAUUUCCUUUGUGAUUUGGAGGCAAGCUGGCAGAAGUCGGUCUUUCUUGAAGAUAUCUGUGAUAUAAUUUAUAAACAUGCAGCCAAUAAGUUUGAAUGCUACGUCCGUUAUUGCACCAACCAGACAUUCCAAGAGAGGGCCACCCAAGAACUGCAGAAGCGGCCUGAAGCAUCUGAGGCAAUCAAGCGCCUGGAGAGGAACCCCGCCUGCCAGGGUCUCCCCAUGAUUUCCUUCCUGCUGCUACCCAUGCAGAGAAUCACGCGGCUCCCUCUACUGGUGGACGCCAUCUGCCACCGGCUGGAACCGGACACCCCCAAACACAAGUCUGCCUGUAAAGCCCUGGACGCUCUCAACAAGGUUGUCAAGAAAUGCAAUGAUGGAGCCAAAAGAAUGCAGCAAACAGAACAGAUGUGCCAUCUAGUCCGCAACCUGGAAUUCAAAGUCAAGGAAAUCCCGCUCAUAUCAGCUUCCAGAUUUUUAGUAAAACAAGGGGAGCUAACUCGUAUUUUACCAGACUCAACCACUAGAAUUCCUUUUGGAAAGAAAGGAUCUAGCAAACAACAGGUCUACAUCUAUCUGUUUAAUGAUCUGCUCAUCAUCAGUAAGAAGAAAAAGUGCAGGAGUUCAUACUCCUUCACACCCCAGAAUAUAUCACAAUUAUUUAACAAUACAUACGUGGUGACGGAUUACGCCAAGAGGAACAGUCUCCACGUAGAGAAUUUGGACUCUGUGGACAAAACCAAGAAACUCUUCCCCACCGCUGCACCUAGCGGAUUCAAAAACAUGUUCAUGGUGGCCCUACUGGAGAACCACGAACAAAAACAGGUGGAGCUGAUCCUCAGCUGUAAAUCUCCGAGUGACAGAACAAGAUGGAUUGAUGCCCUUUCUCCUACAACCAAGGAGUCGGAGAGUGAGAAGAUCUAUGAGGAGUGGGACUGUCCCCAAGUACAGUGCAUAAAGAGAUUCAACGCCACGGAACCCGACGAAUUAGGCCUAGAGGAGUCAGACGUCAUUAAUGUCUUCAAGAAAAUGGCCGAUGGUUGGUAUGAAGGUGAGCGAAUUCGUGACGGAGAGAAGGGCUGGUUUCCCGCGGAUCACACCGAAGAGAUCAUUAACUCUCAUGUGAGAUCGAGAAAUCUCAGACUGAGAUACAGACUCAUGUUAGCUUCACAAGAAUACAGCAAUGCCACAGUGCAGGGUGGAGUAAUCAGAACAUAGCAAUAUCUUGCACAGAAUCGUUCAUAGAGGUAUGAACACACCAGUGAUCUGGUGCUGCGCCGCAGGAUCAAAGUGUGACACUUCGUGGUGCAGACUUUUCAGGAUUAAUUCCAUGGAACAGACUGCAACAAGACACAUGACCAAUAUGUCUGUGAUGUACUUCUAUUUACCGGUAGUAAAAGAGAUUGAGCUGAUAUUGACUUUACGUUUGCCACAAGGUAGACACAGUUUGUAGUACUCAACAUCAAGCUGUGCUGAGUGAGCGACACUGACUGCUUGGACAUUCUGUGAUUGACUUCAAUGGUGCUUAUCAUGUUAGAGAUCUAAUGUAGACAAAACCAUUUGUCAAGUGUUUUCAUAUAUUUUAUGAAGGGUCACAAACUCCCAUUAGACUUGUGUAUAGUUAUUAAGGACUAUUUUAUCACAUAUGUGUGUCAUCACUGUGGACAGGUGUAUUGUCUGUCUCAGUGAUGAAGACAGGCCAAAGAUUUCAUUGGACGACCAAAUCCAGUGCCAGGGAAUCAAAUCAUUGAGCAUAUAGGGAAUAUUCUAUACCAAUCACAAUUUUAUACCUUAUAUUUUGUAAGAGUUGGUCUAAGACCACUUGGUAUGACAGUUGUGGUGUAAAUGACUGAUUGCAUUUCACCUGUCCUUGUGAUAAUUGUCAGAGAACCAGUUUAAGUGACUGGGUCUCGUUGUGGACGUCGUAUACCUUCAACAGACAGGUUACUCUGAGUCCAUUGUCUCUUUCUGUGUAUACAUGUAACCAUGUCAUAUGUUGAUCAUGAUUAUUUACAAUUAACGUACAUAGGCAGUGUUUGCAUCCUGUAUUUGUUAAGUUUUGUUACAUCAUAAGAUAUGUAGGUUGACAUUCCUUGUUUAUUUUGAGAGAGAGAGAGAGAGAGAGAGAGAGAGAGAGAGAGAGAGAGAGAGAGAAUGAAUGAAUUGUGGAUGGAUUACAUGUAACAUAUUGUACCAGUAUACCUACAGUGUGAAUGUUUUUUUUUAUAUUUUCAUGUUUUAUUAAAUUUUUAAAGUUGCUUUUUUGUAAUUGGAAAUUUUUACAAUAGCUCUAAAAUUUAGCAUAUCUGUAUGUGUUUUUGUUUUAAUUUAAGAAAAACAAAGAAGAAAUAACUCACCUUUUUAAUUGUUUCUUUUUACUCAAAUACAGAUUUUAAGGAAGAGGAACGAAAAUGCUAGGGGGUUUUUCUUGUUAAGGAAGGCAGUUAUUUUUUUGUAUUAUUUGAAGGUCUUUCAUUUUUAAUCCCUUUCUGAGUAACUUGAAGAUUUGGAUGGUUUACUUAAUUAAGCAAGUGACAAAAUAUUUUAUACAUGCAUUUUUUAAUCAUUGGUCAUCUGUUGAAGUAUCAUCCUCCAUUUUCCUUUGUUACUAGAUAUAUGAAGGACAUGUUUACAAUGUAAUCAUCAAACUGUUGCAGUUGUGAGCAGUUUUAAGAUUUCCUACAUUAAUAUUACAUUGUAUUUCAAUAAUCAACAUGUUAAGCUUAUGGUUUCUUUGUGUAUUCAAAUAUCUGUUAUCAUUUUAACUGAUAAGGAAUAAAACGCUAUAAACUUUG